GCCAGAAUAACUCUACCACCGAUUGGAAAAUCUUUUGCGUCGCAAACGGAACCGCAUACAAUCACAACCGCUAAUCCACAACUGUAUACUGUUCGACCCACUUUCACAUUCUCAUUCACAUCAUCAUCGUCUUCGUCAAUGGAACAUCCGUGGCCUGGAGGGCUAAUUGCUCCAUUGAGCAGUAAUGGGAAUGAAUCGUUGGUCAGCAUGUCAAGUGUCGAUGAUUACGAGGCACCGACCGAUGUCAUACCACCUGUAGCCGUACCUUUGCCGAGCUUUUCUCCCGAAUCACUUCCAAACGUCUCAGAGCCGCAACCACUUCCUGGUGCAGCCGCAGAAGAAACUGGUAAGGCUGAAAGUCGAUGGGAGUUGCGAUCACUGAAAAUAGUCCGUCAUAUCACUGCACAACCGAACCAGCCGCAGAAUCCGUACGUAUCACCAGUGUGGAAUGUGGACUUGGAAAGAGCUGGACGAGCACGUAUGGCCUAUACGAGUUCGCAUCCCAGUUUUCUGAGCAAACAUGGGCAGUCGGUCGCAGUGACUAUUCCAACACCACACGCGCAAUGUGGCGUAGCACCAGACUUUUUACCUUGCGUGCCGAUCGCACAAGCCAACGUCCACUUUGGUCAGUGCUGCCGUGCCAAGCUUCUGCCACCGGGCUGCCAGAAACUGUGCAAAUACGAUGUGACGCAGACGGAGAUAAAAACAGCGCUGGAUGCUGGCCAGUGCGGCAUAUUGCACGUGGCACCGAUUGUUGAGUGCGCCUCUGAUGCGCAUGAUAACACUGAGUGCUGCAGGUAUAAGCAAAUUUCAGCGAAAAGUGCGCCGCAAUGCGAAGUGUUCUGUCGUUCUGGCCAAAUCAGGGGUCUUGGAUUGCAGCAUCUGGUGUGUCGCAAAGUCAUGAACGAACUGAUCGCCUGCCAUUUAUCCGGAUUGCGAUUGUGA